AUGUCGCACCCCGGCAAGUUUGUCUCCGUCAACCUCAACCGAUCCUACGGCCAGCCCGCUCCCUCAUCACACCAUGGCGGUGGCAGCGGCGGCGGCGGCGGCCGCCCCUCCCGCCCCGCCGGCGCCGGCUCCUCAGCCGGUGGCGGCAUGGUGGUGCUCUCCCGCCCGCGCGGAGCCUCCUCCCUCGCCAAGCCGCAGGCGCCCAAGCUCUCCGUCCCGCCGCCGCUCAACCUACCGUCGCUCCGCAAGGAGCACGAGCGAUUCGACGGCUCGGCGGCCGCUGCGGGGAGCGGGGUCGCCUCGGCCCCGCCUCGAUCCGGCGGGCCUGCUGCCGGCUGGACCAAGCCCGCCCCGGCGUCCGAGAAGCCUCCCGGCUCCGCAGCGCUUCCUGGCGGCGUCGCCAGGUCACCAUCAUAUGGGUUUGCGGAGAAAGCCGUCGUCUUGCGUGGGGAGGACUUCCCGUCCUUGAAAGCAGCUGUUGCCCCGCCAACACCUCCGCAGCCUGCGCAGCGGCAGAAGGAUGCUGAUGGAGCGCGGGUCGUCACACCAGAUGCGCGACCAGGACCUCUUGGGAUGCGGCCGCAGGUGACAACCUCGCGGGCCACUGAGCCACUGACCUCUGGUGGCAGCUUGGGACCUGGUGGCCGCACUUCCGCUGAGAGGGUGCAGAAGCCUGAUCUGGGGCCGCUUCCGAUGGUCCGGCUUAGGUAUGAUUCUGACUGGGCUGAUGACGAGCGUGACACAGGACUGAGCCUUCCAGAGCGGGACAGCAGGGAGAGGGGAUUUGGCAGGACUGAGGCCAUGGUUCCAGGGCGCGACCUUUAUGGAGCAAUGAGGGAGCCCUUCAAAAAGGAGCUGUUUGGGAGAGAUGUGGCUGCAACAAAUAAAGAAGGUGUGCAGGACGGCCUGUGGCGAUCUCCUGUGUCAAACCAACACGAUAGGGAGCGAACAGAUGGCCGGCCAUACAGUGGUGGCAGAGGAAGCAGUGGCCAACCAUAUCGGGAAAGCAUAGCUGCCGGUGGCUCCAAGGAUGUGUGGAGUAAUAGUAAGAAGCCUCCUAUGCGUGCCUAUGGUCAGAAUGGGGUGGAACAGUAUGGAACCACACGAGUUGGGGAAGCUGCUAGCGAGCAUUACGGUGACAGUUCAAAUAACUGGCCUAGGUUGAAUUCUUUCCAGAAUAAUGUUGGUUCCAAAGUGCAGCCCUUUGGUGGUAAUAAAGGGCCUUUAAUUAAUGAUCCAGUGGCAAAAUUUGGUAGGGAGAAACGGCUGACUGGUUCCCCUGCUAAGCCUUUAAUAGAGGAUAGUGGUUUUGACAGCAUUUCUGCCGUUAACUUGACUGCAAUAAAGAAGAAAAAAGAAGCAGCAAAACCAGCUGAUUUUCAUGACCCAGCAAGGGAGUCGUUUGAGGCAGAGCUUGAUAGGAUCUUGAGGGUACAGGAGCAGGAGAGACAACGGGUAAUGGAAGAACAGGAAAGGGCGAGAGAAGUUGCUCGGAAGCAAGAAGAGGAACGGGAGAGGCUGAUACGAGAGGAGGAGGAGAGGCAACGUCUGGUGGAGGAGCAGGCAAAGCAGGCAGCUUGGCAAGCUGAGCAAGAGAGGCUGGAAGCUGCUAAAAGGGCUGAGGAGCAGAGAAUUGCCAGGGAGGAGGAAAGGAAGAGGAUUGCCAUGGAGGAGGAGCGGCGUAGGGAGGCAGCGCGUCAGAAGCUCCUAGAAUUGGAGGCAAAAAUUGCUAGAAGACAAGCAGAAUCAAACAUUGGCAGCGCAAGAGCUGUCAAUGAUGAAUUUAUUCCUGGAGAUGUCAAGGACAGAGACCUGUCACACUCUGCUAACUUUGGUGACAGAAAUGAUAUUGAUAAAAUGAACGAGUGCAUCAAUACCUUAGCACCAUUGGAAUCCUCUAGUCUUAACAGGUUCAGUGAGACAGUUCCAAGGGUGCACACUCUUAUGGAUGGACGCUCUUCAUUUAUUGAUAGAGAAAAUGCAUACUAUAGUUCACGAGCUGCAUUUCCAGAACAAGAGAAUGUGCAUUAUAGUCCACGGCGUGACCCUUUUGCUGCAAAGAGGGGAAAUUUCCCUAAGAAAGAUCUUAAUGAUGGAUUUGGGAGUGUUUCGGUCAGGCAAUCUUCAACAGGCCGAACAACUGAUUCUCCAUGGGCACUCGAAGAUUUCCAUCAUGAAAAGGUUCCACGAUGGGAUGCGCCUAGGGAGAUUGACCAUUUCAGCAAACAAUCUGACUUUGAUAAUGAGCUUUUUAACAGUGGCAGGUUUGGAGAUACAGCUUGGCUGCCUAGUAGUUCUCAUGGAAGCCUCAAUGCUCAUGCUCAACAAGGAGAUAGGAUGUUUCAGAGUCCUGAUGUUAAUGAAUUGUCUUCUUUUACCAGACCACGCUACUCUAUGCGGCAACCACGUGUCCCCCCACCCCCAAUUGUGACCUCUGUGCGAAGUUCAGUCAGUGCUUCAGCUCAACGUAUCAAUUCAUCUUUUGUGGAUGGUGGGAGCGGAGUGAGUUCUGGUAGAGACGAUGUGCAGAUUAUGCAGGGUCAGUAUGGAAGUGCAUACCAAGAGGCAUCUCGCCAGCAUGGGAUACGACCUGACCACAUUUCUGUUAAUGAGCACCAAAUUGUGGACAGAAAAAGCCCUGUAUUGGGUUCACAAUCUUCUCUUUCUGUUUCAAGCCCCCCUAGCUCACCUCCACAUGUUUCGCAUGAUGAGAUGGAUGUAUCUGGUGAUUCUCCUGCGUUACCGACUUCUGCUGAUGGUGAACGAACGGUGCUCUCUGACAACGACCAUGCAGCUCUGACUGUAGAUGCAGACAAUACAAGCAGAAUUGCUGCCUCAGGAGUGCCCCACUUGGAGGAUGAUGAAUGGUCAAGUGUAAACAAUGAUGAUAAGCGAAAACAGGAUGAAUAUGAUGAAGACAAUGAUAGCUACCAGGAAGAUAAAAUCAAUGAAGCUGAUGAUGAGAAUAUUGACUUGGAUGAUGAGUUCUUAGAGGGACAGAAUACACCUGUAGAACUGGAACCAGUUAUACUUGGAUUUGAUGAGGGCGUGCAGGUUGAAAUUCCACCGAAUAGUCAACUUGAAUUAGCUUCUGUGAGGAGCACUGAAAGGACUGUUGGAGUACAUCUAAACUCAGGAGUUGCAGAGCAAGAGAAUGUCAGUGGUUCAGUUGUCCAUUCUGAUCCUGUUACUGAAGCAGAGAAAGCACUGCAGGCAUUGACUCUUGAUCGUGUAAAUGCCCUGACAGAAGACAGUAAUGGGGAGCCAUCCAAUAGCUUAGGGACACCUGCUUCAAGUUCCCAGUUACCUCAGGCAUCUUCUGUAGGUCCUAUUUUUUCAUCAGCUUCAGCAGUAGUUGGGCAGAAUGAAGUACCUGUUAGCCUCCAGUUUGGUUUGUUUACAGGUCCUCCUCUAAUACCAACUCCAGUUCCAGCCAUUCAAAUUGGUUCCAUACAGAUGCCAAUCCAUAUCCACAAUCAGUUUAACCCAUCCCUGCCUCACAUGCACCCUUCAACAGCCCCCUUAUAUCAGUUUGGCCAGUUGAGGUAUGUCCGUCCUAUCGCCCCGAGUGUUCGAUCGCUGCCUUCUCAGGCCAUCCGCCCUGCACAUUCUUCUAUACCAGCUCAACAUACAUUGAAUCAGAAUGCGUCCAGUGUUCUACCUGAGCUAACGGAUGGAGAUACAAACCAGAACAUCCCAGCUCAGGCAAGCUCAUCCACCUUUAUCAAUAAAUCAGCAGCGCCUACAGACAAGCUUCCCCUUGGAAUGGACAAUUCAAACUCUCAGUAUCUCAAUGCUCCUGCAAACAAUCAGAUGGCUGGUGUGGAGGGAUUUCAUGGCCAGGUGGACAGAGAAUCUGCUGAGGGUACAACUCCCAGUGGGAGGAAUCAAGAUCUCUCUUCGAAGAGGAAUUACAGACCUACCUCCAACAAUGUAGAAUCUUCUCAAUAUGGUUUGGAGGGGAGAGCCAUGGGUGAUCCAAAGGUUCCUGGUGUUGUCUCUGAUAGAAGGGGGAGGAGAUAUGGUUAUGCUGUUAAAGACAUCAACAUGAGAUCUACUGGCUCAUUUGUUGAACCUUCUCAUAAAGAUUCCAAAGGAGGAUUCCAGAGAAGGGCUCGUAGGAAUGUAAGACGGACUGAGUUUAGAGUUCGGGAGAACAUCGACAAGAAUCAAAAUGAAACUUCUGAGUCAUUUUGCCAUGGUGAACAAGACGAGAUGACAUGCUCCAAUGGAACAAGAGAUGUUCCAGUGAGAAAUACUAAUAGAAGGGAACUUGAUAUGAACAAGGCUUCUAGGAUAAAUGAAGCAAGUGAUCAGAGCGUCUCAUUUAGAAGUACACACAAUGUUCCUUAUGAGAGAUCUCAUGGUGGGAGCAAGAAGUCUAGAACAGGUGCUGUCCCUGAUGGAGAUACUACCUCAUUGCAAGCUGGAGUUGUUCGUGUUGUGAAGCAGCAAGGCAUUGAGGUCCCUGUUGAUGCAGAUGGCUUCAUUGAAGUAAGGUCCAAAAGACAGAUCAUGAGUGUCAGGAGAGAGCAGAGGGAGAAAGAAAAUAGAUCCAAAAUGAGGAUGGCAAAGGCUCCCCGCAAACAGCAUAGUGUUUCCCUACAAAGCUCAGUUGGUCCUAGUGUGAAUAAGAGAGCAGCUCCUUCGAGUGGAGAAGUUCCAAAGAAAGUUUCUUCCGGUUCUGCCAUCACGGUAGAAGGAAGAAUUGCUGACUAUGCUGAAACUUCGGUUCCAUCGAUGGGUGAUACGGCUUCCAUGAACCUCAUAGGGCCACCUUCAACCAAUGCAGAAACUCAUACAAACUACUUUGCCAAUCAGCCUAUCCAGAUCCAGACAUCCUCUGACUUGGUCACCUCCAGUCCUGCAAAGCUUGUGAGUGGCUUAUCUGAAGACAACAAUAAAGGGGCAUCUAUUAGUACUCCAUUUAACAUGGUUUCCUGGGAUAAUUCACAAAUAAACCAGCAGGUUAUGCCAUUAACUCAAACUCAACUUGAAGAAGCUAUGAGACCAGCUAAAUUUGAACAGCAGGCUGGGUCUGGCUUUUCUUUGGAGUCCAACAAUGCUUUGUCUCCCACAGUAACCACAGAAAAGGUGUUCCCUUCAUCUGCUAGUCCUAUUAACUCCCUUCUGGCUGGAGAGAAGAUUCAAUUUGGGGCAGUAACCUCGCCAACCAUGCUACCCCCAGCUAGCCGAACUGUUUCAAGUGGUCUUGGAGCUCCAGGUUCAUCUAGGCCUGAUAUGAAGAUUGAUCGAGGCUUGUCUAGCGAUAACAGUGGUCCUGAUAAGGCAAAUUCCAAGGAAUUAUGUCCGAGUACCGAGGAUGCAGAAGCAGAGGCUGAAGCAGCUGCUUCUGCUGUGGCUGUGGCAGCUAUUAGCACUGAUGAGGGAUCUCCAGCUGAUGCGACUACAGCAUCGGCUCCAGACACCAAGAGCUUUACAAGCAAGGAUCUCAGUGGGUUAACAUCAGGAGGGGCAAGAACCGGUCAAGCUGGUCAAUCAUCCACCGAAGAGCCGCUCACAGUUGCUCUUCCUGCAGACUUAUCAGUUGAUACUCCAUCCAUGUCCUUGUGGCCUCCUAUAGCCAGUCCACAAGCAUCAGGGCCAAUGCUUUCUCAGUUUCAUGGUGCACAGCCAUCCCACUUUUCCUGCUUUGAUAUGAAUUCGAUGUUAGGAGGGCACAUUUUUGCAUUUGGCCCAAGUGACGAAUCUGCUGGUUCUCAAGGUCAGCACCCUCAAAGAAGCAAUGCAUUGCCUUCAGCGCCAUUGGGAGCUUGGCCGCAGUGUCAUUCUGGGGUGGACUCUUUCUACCGUCCUCCAACUGGGUACGCUGGUCCUUUCAUUACUCCGGGAGGAAUCCCAGGCGUGCAAGGUCCCCCACAUAUGGUGGUCUAUAACCACUUCGCCCCAGUAGGGCAAUUUGGUCAGAUGGGACUUGGUUUUAUGGGAGCCACUUAUAUCCCUGGUGACAAGCAGCCUGAUUGGAAGCAAAGCCAAGGACCACCUAUUGUUGGUGUAAGCCAGAGUGAUCCAAACAGCCAAAAUAUGGUGUCUGGUCAAGUAAAUGCUCCUAGUGUUCCUGCUCCAGUUCCACAUCUACGCCCAACUUCUAUCAUGCCAAUCCCGUCUCCAUUGACCAUGUUCGACAUUGCUCCUUUCCAGACAUCUACAGACAUACAGAUGCAAACGUGUUGGCCACAUAUGCCUGUACCUCCUCUACACUCAGUUCCAUUAUCAGUUGCACUUCAGCAGCAUCCAGUAGAUGGUAUAGCCACACAACAGUUUGUUCAUAACGUGCCAGUAGACAAGUCCAGUACAAAUAACCGAUUUCAGGAGGCCUCUGUUUCUGCUGGACCAUCAGAUGUCAACAAGACCUUCCCGAAUGCAGCUGCCUCUCAGUACAGAGAUGAGUUAGGUCUUGUCGAACAGCCAGCCUCAACUAGUUCAAGCUCCCAAACUGUUCGGCCUUCAUUUGGCCAGGCAGGCGUGAUCAGCAAUGAAGUCUCGGCCAGUGCCAAAGUCAUGGUUAGAGCAACCCCAUCUAAAGUCAACCCUGGAACUGCAGCAGGGGUUGCUAGCAACACGAACGGCCCUCAGGUCACCAGCAUAUCUUCCAAGACCCAUCAGUCGUCAUCAUCAUCAGACCAGCAGUACCAGCAUCCGGUUAACAAUCAGGAUCGCCGGGCCCAUGCGACCCAAAAGGCUGGUACUGGUAAUGAGUGGCAACGGCGAUCAGGGUACCAGGGUAGGAAUCAAGGUUCUGGUUCCCACAGGAGUUCAGGCACUGGUAGGAUGAAGCAGAUCUACGUUGCGAAACCCUCGUCAACAAGUGGCCAUGCCCCAUCAGGCUAG